ACAACCCACUUCAGCAAGAAAAUGCAUCUGAAACCAUUUUUCCUGCUGCUGGCCUCACUGUUUCUGCAUAACAGUGACCAGCUAACACGAAAAACUUACCAGAGAACAGAUGCCCUGACAGGAGAUGUCCUGACGUGUGAGAUGUGUCCACCAGGAACCUACGUACUUAGCCACUGCACUACAGACAAGAGGACACAGUGUGGACAUUGUCCCGAUGGACACUACACGGAGAUUUGGAACUACGUUGAGCGAUGUCGUUACUGCGGGGUUUUCUGUACGGAGGAGCAGUACGAAAAAGUGAAAUGCAGCCCCAAGUACAACCGUGUGUGCGAAUGCAAAGCCGGGUAUUAUCUGAACGUUGGGUUUUGUUCAAGACACACUACGUGUCCACCCGGCGAAGGCGUCAGCCAGAACGGUACGGCUUACACCGAUGUACAAUGCACACCGUGCUCGAAAGGAUACUACUCAGCUGAGCACUCCAGCUCAGAGGGCUGUCAGAAACAUUCUCAGUGCGCUCACGGAGAGAGGGCCAUUCCCGGUGACAGGAGGCAUGACACAUUUUGCACUACCUGUAAGAAUACAACCACUGAUGAAGAUCGGAGCGUGUGCGACAGUGCUGUAAUAGACUUCGUGGUCCAGUAUGCUCUCCAUCCAAGGGCGCUCAGAAGACUCAAGAAUACAAUCAGGAAGGCAGGCAAGGAGAGCUCGGAUCUACGGCACCAGCUUACCUCCCUUCAGAGGAGACACAGGCACCGACCCUUCGCCAACGUGAUGCUGGAAGUUCUGGGAAGAGCAAGAUUGCAUCGGCUAAGGAGGAAAGUACAGAGGUGGUUUCUUGACAUCUGAUCGUAGGGCAUUUCACAGGAAAUUACCGCUGCUGUGCUGUCCUCACGUACUAGGCCCAAACUAAAUGUUCUACGCUCUGGCAUUACAAGUGCUUUAUGUCAUUCACUGCAUGUUCCUUUGCCUUUGAUCAUAUAUCCAUCUAUGUGUUUCACACUAAGAGCUUCGCCUGUUCUAAUUCACCAUCUGAUUUUGCAUAUUUGUGAAGGGCUUGUUGUAAAAUAUAACACUGAUAACUAGCACAGGAACGCAAAAAAAAGCAUUAAACUCUCCUGUUACCAACCAUGACCUCCUAAA